UUUUUAGGUUUUAACUAGUUCCUGUUUCAAUAUUUUAUUACCAUUUACUAUCAAUGGCUUUCAAUUUUUGCCUCAAGAAUAUUAUUAUUCUUGUUCUUUUUUUCAUUCUUAGCCUAUCUCCCUUUAUAGUAACUUCCCGCGACUUAAAAGAAUUAUCCAAAUUAUCCAUGCUUGAAAGACAUGAAAAAUGGAUGGCUCGUCAUGAACGUGCAUACAAAGAUGAGAUAGAAAAGGAACAUCGCUUCAAAACAUUUAAGAAAAACGUUAAGUUCAUCGAAUCGUUCAACAAGAACGGAACUCAACGUUAUAAGUUAGCCGUCAACAAAUAUGCUGAUCUGACCACUGAGGAAUUUACAGCAUCAUAUAUGGGACUCGACACUUCAUUAUUAUCCCAGCAAGAAUCAACAGAUACAACAACGUCCUUUAAAUAUGGUAGUGUGACUGAAGUUCCAUAUAGCAUGGACUGGAGAAAUUCGGGCAGUGUCACAGAAAUCAAAGAUCAAGGUGUAUGUAGCUGUUGUUGGGCAUUUUCAGCGGUGGCAGCUAUAGAAGGAGCAUAUCAAAUUGCAAACAACGAACAAAUUUCACUUUCAGAACAACAGCUGAUAGAUUGCUCUACACAAAACAAUGGUUGCAAGGGUGGACUAAUGACUAACGCCUACAACUUCUUACUUCAAAAUAAUGUGGAGGGCAUUACCACGGAGAGUAACUAUCCUUAUGAAGAAACUCAAAGCAUUUGCAGCACGGAAUUACAAUCAGCAGCAGUGACAAUCAGUGGGUACGAAGUUGUACCAGCCAGUGAAUCUGCCUUACUACAAGCCGUAGCGAAUCAACCGAUAUCUGUUGGUGUUGCUGCUAACGAGGAGUUUCAUUUUUACAAUGGUGGGAUAUAUGAAGGAAGUUGUAGCCCUAAGCUGAAUCAUGCAGUGACAGUGAUAGGUUAUGGGACAAGUGAAGAAGAUGGUACAAAAUAUUGGAUAGUGAAGAACUCAUGGGGGAGGGGUUGGGGUGAGGAAGGAUAUAUGAGAAUUGCUAGAGAUGUUGGGGUUGAUGGUGGCCAUUGUGGCAUUGCUAAAAUUGCUUCUUUUCCAACUGUUUGAAUUGUUAUGCUAAAAGGCAUAAAUUUUCUCCUAAACUUGUGUCGAAAAGUCAGUUACACGCUCAAACUAUUAUGACGACGUAUUACACACCUAAUUUUGUUCAAAGUGAUAUUAAUACCCCCUUAGAACGUGACAUGACAAAGAGAGUGUCUUCACCUUCCUUAAGGUGCGUGAGAAGAAAAAAUUAUAUGUUAAAAUGACGAAUUUCAACACAUGACACUAUUUUAUUGGUCAUAUAAUUAUGUAUUAUAAUUUUCAAUAUAUUAAUUAUUUUAUUUUUCUUUUUUUAA